CUCGGUUCAAAAAGCUGCUAACGUUCCCGCACAGCCGCGCGUGCGUGUGCUUCCACUGCGACUCCUCCACAGACGGUCAGUGGAUCAUGAUCUCCUCCGCGAGCAGGACUCCAGUUCAUCUCCGCUGACACAGAACGAGCCGCUCCGACUGAAGAACCGAACCGAACCGAACACGAAGAGGAGACACGAGCAGGGACGGAGAGAAGAAGUCCUGCAGGUGGCUCGUGUUUGUUGGAGCGGACACACAGACGCUCUCAGUCCGGACCUGCUCGUCUCAGCCGGGGGUCGGUGAACAGGAAGAUGUCGGUGGAGAGUUACUCUGCGCUGGAUGAGUCCUCUCUGCGAGCUCUGCUGGAUGGAACCGUGGAUCUGGACGAGAGACGCCUCAUCCGUUCAGCCAUCCGGGAGCUGAGGAGGAGGGAGAUCGAGGACAUGGAAGCUGCUCUGGCCAGCAAGAGAUUUCGACCCACACGCUUCAAACAGCAGGAGGACAAGGAGAACCAGCACAGGUCAGAAUCUAAUGAAAACUUGGACAUACUGUCACAAAAACUCCAGUCGAUCCAGGACAUUGAUGAGCUCACGAAAAUGCUCCGUGCUGCCGGCGAAUACGAGGAGAGGAAGAUGAUUAGAGCAGCCAUCAGACAGAUCCGAGAUGAACAGCAGCAAGGGACUGUGGAGAGGGUUAAAGCUCCCGGUCGCUGCCUGGAUCCUGAGAGCGUGGAGCCCCAGGGCAUCAUGGGAAUUGGAGAGACGGAGAAUCACAGUGAUCGAGACCGUGUCAGAUCUCAGAUCCGGGAGUUGCAGCACAGCCAGCAGACGCAACAAAGCAGAGAGUUGCAAAGAACAGGCUCCAACUCAGGCAUGGUGUUGGUUCUCGAUCACCUGGUGAAGGAUGAUGGCCCUGGACCUCUGCUGAUCCAGCCUCAGAGAGAGACUAUGACUGCAGAGCCCGACCUGGUUCUGUCUCACCGUCAGAGGUCAGACUCCUCGGCUUCAGAUCGCAGCGUGGCCUCGGUGCUGUCCAGGUCCAAUCAGGAUUCUGUGGCCUCAGAGAACAGUCUGGGCUCAGCCUACAGAGUCCGGCUGGACUCUGGAGCCUCCGACAGGAGCCUGGGUUCCUCCCAGCGUGCUCGGCUGGACUCUGGGGCAUCGGAGCAAAGUGUCAGCUCCCUGUCCUAUGUCAGACAGAGACUUGGCUCAGAUGUCUCCGACUCUGGCGUCCGACCCCGUCUGGGUUCUGGGGCUUCUGAUAGUAUUGGUCCUUUGUCAAGGGAACGGACUGACUCGAGGACGUCUGACCUAAGUGUGAGUAUGUCAUCUGAGGAGAGGGGUCCAGGGGAGGAAGUGGAGGUAGCCAUGAGUGGUUCAACUUACAGCACAGAUUCAGAAAGCGAGAGCAGAAGCCAGGAACCUGACAGCCUCGACGCUAAGUCCAGCCAGGAUAGCAACAAUGAUGAGGAUCAGCCUGAUGGGGCCAUUUUAUCUCGGAGCAGUCCUGCGAAUGGACUCCUCAGUGACAGCAUGAAGGGGCUGAACAGCUUCCAGAAACAAGAGGUAAGAGUAUGCUGUCCUUGUAUGAGAUGA